AUGGCCGACGCAAUCACAGCGCGCCUCGCCAGGCUCAACCCCCUCUCAAAGCGCCGUGGCGACGACGACGAUGUGGGCGAGGCCAUUGACGACUCGACCGUCGCUGGAGGCGGCCACGGAGCCCGCCACAGCAACGUCACAGACACACAGCUCCGCGUCAGCAGCGCCCUCAGAGCCUUUCUCGUCAAGCAGAACGUGCUGAGCGAAGCAGAUGCCCAGCCUGGCCAGACCAGCCUCUCGCCGGCCCUUCGCUCUCUGCUCGAGAGGCCACACGCCAUCGUCCCUCCCGAGCUCACAGACAGGUCGCACCCGCUGCCCGAGUACUUCAUCUCGUCCAGCCACAACACCUAUCUCAUGGGCCACCAGCUGCACGGCAAGUCUUCCGCCACUGCCUACGAGACGGCGCUCAACACGGGCUCCCGUUGUGUCGAGGUCGACGCCUGGGACGACGAUGACAAUACCGACGAGCCAAAGGUCACCCACGGCUACACCCUCGUCUCCCACAUCCCCUUUCGUGCCGUCUGCGAGACCAUCAGGGACGUCGUCGACCGCGAGGCCGCCGAGCCAGCCUCCGCGCGCGGCUACCGUGCUGCGCCCAUCGUCAUCUCGCUCGAGAACCACUGCGGCCCUCAUGGGCAACUUCGCCUGGCGCAGAUCAUGAGUGAGGUCCUGGGCGACCGCCUACUCAGCAAGCCGGUACGCGAGCAGGGCCACCGCGAGCAGGAAGGCACCGGAGACCAUGUGUCUCUCGACCAGCUUGGCUCCAAAGUCGUCGUCAUUGUCGAAUACCACUUCCCGGGCGAAGUGGAUGACAGCAGCAGCAGCGACGACGAUUCGUCCUCGUCAUCAUCCGACGACGAGGAAGAACGGGUGGCGCGCAAGAACUACAAGCAGAAGAAGCAGGCGGCGCCGUCGACAAUCAUCAUCCCAGAGCUCGCAGAGCUCGGCGUGUACGCGCAGUCCGUCAAGCCACGGGACAAUUCGUGGUACGAGGAGAUCCUCAAGGACGGGCCACACCACCACCUCAUCAACGUCUCCGAGACCGGACUUGCCAGCCACCUUCCGGCCGCGAGCGAAAAGAUUGCCAGGCACAACGCCAAGCACCUCAUGAGGGUAUUCCCCAAGGGGACGCGGAUAUCGUCCAAGAACCUCAAGCCCACCCCGUUCUGGGGCGUGGGUGCACAAAUCUGCGCCAUGAACUGGCAGACAUUCGGGGCGAGCAUGCAGCUCAACGAGGCUCUCUUCAGCGGCACCGAUGGGUACUUGCUCAAGCCGGCGGCCUUGCGCGCGGGGUACGCCCCAGUCGGCGGCGAAGCAACCAAGCGGAUGAAGAAGCUGCGUGUUCUGGUGGCGGGCGCGACCGACGUGCCCGUCCCGCCAGGCCAUGCGGACGAGGCAGACGAGAUCCGGCCGUACGUGACGUGCACCUUGAUCCACCCGUCGGACAUCAAGGGCGACAGCCCACCCAAGCGCAAGACGUCUGCGUACAAGCAGCACCGGCUGAAGCUGCUGCACAAGGAUGACGAGAAUCCCCCCGUCACGGACCCGAUCUGGAAUGAGACUCUCGAGUGGGAGUACGACGACGGCGACGCCGGCAAAGAGCUCGUGUUCCUCAGGAUCCUGAUCAAGAGCGACGUCUCUUUUGCCACGAACCCCAUCUUCGCGGUCGCCGCCAUUCGGCUGUUGUAUGCCGUGCCUGGGUGGAGUUUCAUCCGUAUGUUGGACCUCAAGGGUCAUGAGACGACCUGCUCUCUGCUUGUCAAGAUUGAGAUUGAGGAUCUGUGA